UAGCGGAACAGCGGACCGAGGCGCAGCUUCUACAACACAUAUAUCUAUCUGUCUAUCUAUUUAUUUAUAUAUUUUAUUUUUUACUGAUUUCUGAUUAAAAAAAAUUUAUAUUUCCGGCAGCGGUUUGGAUCUCUGCCGAGGCUGACGCUUCUGUGGCCGGAGUGGGCGAGCAGUCCGGCGGGUUAGUUAGCCAGUUAGCACGGGACCACAGAACGGGCUAGACCUCGUUACCUCUCCCGGACUGUGGGCUCUGCUGCGGGGAUGGAGCUGAGCUAGCCGCCGGGCUGGGACCGUCUGGCCUGGUUCUGACUUGAUUCUUUAGGACAGCAGCCCGUCUCCUUUCGGAGACCGACCCAGGGAUGUGGGAUGAGAUGAAGCGCCGCGGACCGAACCUGAAACCCAGACCCGACCAGUCGUGUUAGCCAGGCUGUGGACCAGGUGAAGCUAAAACCCGGACCUGGCCGGUUCUGUUGGAACAGAUUUUCAGAAACAGGGAUGGAGGUGUGUGGCAGGAACCCGAAUCGCACGGCGCCGACCCCUGACCCCCGGCGCUCCGAGGUGCCGCUCUGCUCGCGGACCAACGGCUGGACCUGGCCGCCUCACCCUUUCCAGCUGCUGGCCUGGCUGCUCUACGUCUACUUCGCUGUCACCGGCUUCGGCGUGUUCGUCCCGCUGCUGCCGCCGCACUGGGUCCCCGCGGGCUACAUCUGCACCGGCAUCCUGUUUGUGUCCCACCUGUGCGUCCACGUCCUGGCCGUGUCCAUCGACCCGGCCGACCUCAACGUGAGGAUGAGGAACGACAGAGGGCCGGUCCCCGCCUUCGACCGAUCCAAACACGCACACGUCAUCGAGAACUGCCACUGCUACCUGUGCCAGGUGGAUGUGGGACCCAAGUCGAAGCACUGCAGUGCCUGUAACAAGUGUGUUGCUAACUUCGACCACCACUGCCGCUGGCUCAACAACUGUGUGGGCAGCAGGAACUACAAGUUGUUCCUCCACAGCGUUGUCUCCGCUCUGCUGGGCGUGUCCCUGGUUCUGGUCUUUGCCUCCUACGUCUUCGUUGAGUUCUUUAGGGACCCGUCCAACCUGCGCACCGACAAACACUUCCUGGUCCAGAAUCAGACGGGUGUGUGGUUCGUCUUCCUCCCAGUGGCUCCUCUCAGGUCAGCGGCCGCCGUCAUCCCUGUUCUGGCUGCCGUUACCAUGGCAAUGGGCCUGCUGUCAUCGGGGCUUCUCUGCCACCUGCUCUGCUUCCACAUCUACCUGAUGUGGAACAGACUCAGCACCUAUGAGUACAUCGUGCGACAGCGCCACCGCCUGGACAGCAGAGACCUGAAGACGGCCGCAGCUAAGCAGAGUAGACGCCCGUCCGUCGUCCAGGAUGUGAACUACUCAGGGACGCUGGGUUACACCAACCCCCAGCUGGACGUCCAGCAGGAACAGGCGGGCACCUGUGCUGGUUCCGAUCCGGUCCCCAGUUUCCUGGCCAAUGGUAGAGGGAGGGUCCAUGACGAGGAGGCGCCGCCCACUGCCUCCACAGAGCUGAAGGCACACACACACCGACACACACAGAAGAAGAAGAAGAAGAAGAAGAAGGGCUGUCAGGUUCCAGCGGAGGUGACCAGAGAGCACUGCCCACCUGUAGCUCCGCCCCCAGCAGAGUCCUCCCAGGGUCAGUGGCUGCCUUUCCCAGCAUUCCCUCUGAGGGCACCCCCAGGACAAGCUCCGGCCCCGGGCCCCAUCCAGGCUGCCGCCCCCCCGGCUGAGUACCAUUCGGACUCUGCCGAGUCCCUGGAGGAAAUUCCGGUGGCGCUGGCCAAGCUGGGCUCCUCGUCCUCCAGAGAUGCUGCCGGGGCGUCUUGCCGGCCGGACAGCCGUCUGACCCAAGGGACCCGCAGCCCCCUGCCGGACCUGCCCACUCCGGCACUCCACAAGACCAGGAAAAAGAACCCGUCCUCUCGAGGGAACAGAACCACGGCACAGCUGAGGUUUGAGAUGGCGUCAACGCAGCCACCGUCCGUGUUUGUCAGCCGCGCAAGCGGCGAGAUGGCCGAAGUCCUCGGCUGGAUGCAGAUCGGGUCCAGACCGGUUCUGGAAUCCUGACCAUGUCCAGCCUCCUGGACCGAGUUCUGACCUGAAACAUCAGCCGCUGUUGGAAAGGGACUUUUAUUGUGAAAGGUUGUGUGUAUUUAUUGGUGGACAUGACUUCCAACAUGGAACAUUGAGUUUUAGAAUUGUAAGUUGAAACCCGCAUUUCAACGGGUUUCACAAUAACAUUUACUGAGUCAAAUGUUAUUGUUGUGGUUUCCUUAGCAACCUUGUCUCCUGGUUUCCAUGGUAACUCAGACUCGACCAAUAUAUUUGGUGAAUCAAUCCGAUUACUUCAGCUCAGUGUUUCAUUACCAUCUGUGUGGCGACACCCAGUGGCUAAACUGUGAACUGCACUUCAAUGAAACCAGAGCACUGAGGUUUCCAGGUCAAAGGUUGUUUCUACUCUGCUGGGCCUCUUCUCUUCAUCCUCCUGCUUCUGACCUGAAGUCUGAAUCUGUCUGUGUGAACUGCUCCUUUAAAUCUGAGUAGCAAAGGGGCGGAGUCACCUGUGUGAUGUCACUGUUUGCAAUAAACUAUGAUCCAGUCACACAUUCCUCUUCAUCACAACCAAAAAACAUAAAUCAUUUUUACCGAACCAGCUGGAUUGCUGUAUGCAACAAUACUAAUGGAAAGUUUAGUGAAAGAAAAAAUUUAGCAGUGAAGGUUGGACUGAUUUUCAUAUGAUUCACUUUACAGAACACAUUUGCAUGAACACCCUAAACGUUAACAAAGGCAAAACUUUCAGAAAUCAUGGAACAAUCAUGGAAAGGCCUUUGACCUCUGACCUGCAGCCUCGCUCAGGCUGCGGGGUCACUGAGGUUUCCAACAAAGUGAGGAACAAAGAGAACUUUCUGCAUUACAGCAGGGGUUCGAGUCCAGAGUCCUGCGGCGCCCCUCAGUGGAGGGCACAGGAAGUUCUGUCAGAACUCUCUGGGCUUCACCUUCACACCAACUGAGCCAUCUGGGGUCAAAGGUCAACAACACGAUGACCGAAAACCUCAGGAAGAAUUUGUGUCAAAUGCUCAGAGAAUUCUGUCUGAACCAGAACCGUCAGAACCGACCCGUUUCAGCUUCACUUUUGGAUCUAAAAGCUGAUCUGAACUUUUCAUCCUGACACCCAAAGAUUCUGACAUUUAUUAAAACCAGACCUCCGGUUCUGACUCUGCUCAGAACCACAGGACACCCGGCUCCACCAGAUCCGGACCGCGUCACGUCCUGCUGCUGGUUCCUGUCUCUGUCUUUCCUUUCAUUUUUAACCUUUGACCCAAACUCACUUCACCCCGACCCCAAAACCCAAACCAACGUUUCCCCUCAUGGGGCCCACAAUUCAUCUAAUACACACACACACACACACACACACACACAUUAAAGCCCCAGGCUUUUAUUUUGACAGGCUGAUAUCAUCAGUGUGUGUUGCUGCAUGUCAUCAUCCUCCCUGGAUGAGGAGCGGUUGCUCUGGCAACCAGUCUACAACAACAGCAAAACAACGUCAAUCAUGGAGGGGCAGCGAGAAGAAUGUGACACACACACACACAGCCAAGCUGCGGUUUGUUAAGUGAAUGAGGCAUCCAUCCUUCCAUCCAUCCAUCCAUCCUUCCAUCCAUCCAUCCAUCCUUCCAACCAUCCUUCC